UUUUUUUACUUUUGUAUCGAUUAAUCCCAUUUACACAAAAAGUAGCAUUAUGCCCAUCCAUUCUGCUACGCCUAUAGGGAAAAAAUAUCGAUUGGAGUAUGGAAACGAUUUGACGAACCAUGAGUUUCGAUCGCCUGGCUACUGGGAAGGGGAACUGAGAAAUUGCAGCCUUGCAGGUUUAAAUUUUAAUACACAAACCCCACCUAAACACGUGCUUCUCAGCAAAUCGUGUCUCUCGUUUGAUUUUGUGUCUUGUUGUGUCUCGUUGAUUUUGCGGCAAUGGUUUUCUUUACUUGUCAAAAGUGUAACGAGUGUUUGAAGAAAAAUGCGGUUGUCAAGCAUGGACAAAUGAGCAGGAAAUGUCUACCAUUCUGGCUGACUUGUAUCGACUGCUUAAAAGACUUCAGGAACGAUGAACAUGUUCAACAUACAUCUUGUGUAACUGAGGAAGUUAGGUACGGAGGAAAGAAUGCCAAAACCAAACCCCCCGCGGCCAAGCAGAAUCGCUGGCUGUGCUGCGUGGAAAAAGUUCUAAGCACUCCGCAACAUGACAUUAAAAUUGAUAGCCUUUUAAAAUCUCUUAAAGGCCAAACCAACCUACCCAGAGCGAGGAAUAAGUUUCAUAAUUUCGUAAAGAGUAAAUAUUAUAAAAUCUACAAUAAAGAAGUAACUGACGAUGUUUUCACCUUGAUGGAAACAGAAUUUGUAAAGUUUAAAGCAGAAAGAAUGAAUAACAACAGCAAUGCUAACAAUGCCAAGCAUGUGGAUAAGGGUUCUCUUAGUGCAGAUGCUGAAAAUGGUCAUGAGAAAGAAAAUUCCAAUAGUGGGAAAACCGGAAAUGAAUCGGAUAAAAAGGAACCGAAAGAGAGCAAGAAUUUGAAUGAGGAAGAAAUGAAUAUAGACGAUCAAGAAUCUCAUGAUCAAGAGAUAAAUAAUAAAAAGAGGAAAUUGGAUUGUGUAGAAGAUGAGAAAGAUUCUGAACAGUCGACAGCUGAUGGUCCUUGCAGUGAAGCAGAAAAGAUGGACAAAAAAGAGAGAAAAAAAAGAAAUAAAGAAUUAAAAUAUCUGGCAGAACUUAAUGAAAUUGAAAAUUACAGCAAGGAAGGCGAUGAGGAAGAGGAUGGUGAAAAGCCUGCGAAAAAAUCCAAAAAAGAUCCGACUGAAAAAGAACUGGACCCGCAAGACAAACUUUGCAAACUCAGUACAGAAGAACCUGCACCUGAAAAACCAACGGUCACUGGCUUUAAUUGGAACCAAACUAUUAAGGCGGUGCUUAGAAAUCAGAAUAAUAUUCCAUUGAAGAGGUUGAAGAAAAUAGUGAUUAAUGAAUACAUUCAACAGUUUGGAGAACCGCAUGACGAAGUCAAACUCAGUAAAAAAUUUGUUAAAAAACUAAAGCGUAUUAAUAAUGUAGUUGUAAGUGGUGAUAAGGUGAUGUUAGAGAAACAAGAAGCUUGAAUUAAAGAAUUACCUUAAUAUAUAACUUUUAUGUAUAUCAUGUUAUACAAACAUAUAUUUUGUGAUUUGAAAUUGAGUAAGAAUUCAUACAAAGAAGAAUUUGUAUUGGUAAUUAAAUUAAAUGAUUAUUUGUUUGUUUUUA